UGAAGUUUUGUUGUGGGGACUUGAAAGGUGAAUAACAACCGAUUUUUGACUUAAUUUAAACAAAAUCAAAAGUUUGGUUGAUUUUAUUUCGCAACAAUGUUAAGUCAGGAAGAAAAAAACAUGUAUUUUUCAUCAUUGUUUGGUGGCGCAGUUGGUGGUUUGGUGGUCGAUGUUGUUUUAUUUCCUCUCGAUACGCUUAAGACACGUCUUCAGUCAGGCGUAGGUUUUAGGAAGGCGGGUGGAUUUUCAGGGAUUUAUAAAGGUAUAGGGCCCCAAGCAAUCGGAAGUGCCCCACAAGCGGCAUUUUUUUUUCUUACUUAUGAAAGUUUUAAAUAUUAUACUGAGCCUCAUGUUGCGCCACAUUCGUUGCCUCUUGUUUACAUGACCGGUGCCUCAAUCAGUGAAGUUGUCGCUUGCCUCAUCCGAGUCCCUAUGGAAGUGGUGAAACAAAGGCGUCAGACCACUACGAAUCACAAACACACAUCUUUGCGUAUUUUAAAACACGCGAUUAAAUCUGAGGGGAUCAUAAAAGGGUUAUAUCGAGGGUUUGGCUCAACGAUAAUUCGAGAGAUACCUUUUUCGUUGAUUCAGUUCCCGGUUCUUGAAUAUUUAAAAUCGACUUAUAGGAUAAAUUUUAAGAAUAAUAUUCCUUUAGAAUCUUGGGAGGUUGCGAAUUGUGGAGCUAUCGCAGGAGGCUUUGCGGCUGCUGUGACCACACCUUUAGACGUAGCCAAAACACGAAUUAUGUUAGCUGAUAAGAAAACAGCAACCAAAAUGCGAGUCAGAAGUGUAUUGAGCCAAAUUUAUUACGAACAAGGAAUUAAGGGACUUUUUGCGGGAUUUGCACCACGGGUUUUAUGGAUAACACUUGGAGGGUACGUGUUUUUUGGAAUGUACGAUUUUUCAAAGAACUUUUGCAAUGAGUAUUUCUUGGAUUCUGAGUUUGAAAAUAGAUGAUUUUAGUCAAAUGGGUUAUUAAACAUAAGUUAUUUCUA